GCUUGGUUUUUUCCGUUCACAUUCUUCAUCUUCAUUCUCUCUCUCUCAUCUUUCUCUCUCCUCGCACCAAACCACACCAGCUUCCUCCCUUCAUCUCCUUGCUUUCUUAUUUGUGGAACCAUUUUUGUCUCUUCCUCUCUGAUCUUAUACAGGCUCCUCCCCUUUUGCUUUCCCAACCCGUUUCGCGAAAAAGUUCGUCUUUUUUGGCCCCUUUUGGGGUUCCUGUACGUCAAGGAUUCUGUUUUUAUUGGGUCAAUGGGGUCCUAUUUUUCUAAAAUUGCGCCUCAAUUCUUGCUUUCUGGGGGUGAUUGAUUUGGGGUGAAGGAAUGUAGCUGGAGGAGGCGGUGUUGUGUUCUUGAUAACAAUUUCAUCCUCAUUCAAAGGGGGUGGUGUAAAUUUCUUCAAUUUGAUUCGGUUUUUGUGUAUCCUUUUGCCCCGGAUACCCUUAAUUGGUACUAAUUUGACUUGGCUGCGAAAUCUCAUUGGCUUUUGGUGGGCCUUUGGAGAAAGUUAGGAUUUUUUUGACUCAGGUGAAUCUGUGGGGGUGCAGUGUUUUUUUUCCUCUCUGUUUGGGAUUGUCAUAAUCACUUUGAAUUGGGCCCAAAUCUGAGCAUAAUAGAUCAUUGCAGCGGCUGCUGGUUGAGGUGCGGUGAAGGUCAUCCUAUCAUGGAGCAUGUGAUUGGUGGCAAGUUUAAAUUGGGAAGGAAAAUUGGGAGCGGGUCUUUUGGGGAGCUCUAUUUAGGUGUUAAUAUACAAACUGGAGAGGAGGUGGCUGUUAAGCUGGAGCCUGUGAAGACCAGGCAUCCACAGCUUCACUAUGAGUCAAAACUGUAUAUGCUUCUUCAAGGAGGAACGGGGAUUCCCCACCUCAAGUGGUUUGGAAUUGAGGGAGACUACAAUGUCAUGGUUAUUGACCUUCUUGGACCAAGUUUGGAAGAUUUGUUCAAUUAUUGUAACCGGAAGUUCUCGUUGAAGACAGUUUUAAUGCUUGCUGAUCAGUUGAUUAACAGAGUUGAAUAUAUGCAUUCCAGAGGUUUCCUUCACCGUGACAUCAAGCCCGACAAUUUCUUAAUGGGUCUAGGACGGAAAGCAAAUCAAGUGUAUGCCAUUGAUUAUGGCCUUGCAAAAAAAUAUAGGGAUCUUCAGACUCAUAGGCACAUACCAUACAGGGAAAACAAGAACCUUACAGGUACAGCACGCUAUGCAAGUGUCAACACUCAUCUUGGAAUUGAACAAAGCAGAAGGGAUGAUCUGGAAUCUCUUGGUUACGUGCUCAUGUAUUUCUUAAGAGGAAGUCUUCCCUGGCAGGGACUGAAGGCUGGCACCAAAAAACAAAAAUAUGAUAAAAUCAGUGAGACAAAGGUGUCAACUCCCAUAGAGGUGCUUUGCAAAUCUUAUCCCUCUGAAUUUGUAUCAUACUUCCACUAUUGCCGUUCAUUGCGAUUUGAGGACAAACCAGAUUAUUCAUAUUUAAAGAGACUUUUCCGAGACCUGUUUAUUAGAGAAGGCUAUCAGUUUGACUACAUUUUCGACUGGACUAUGUUAAAGUAUCCACAGAUCAGUAGUAGCUCAAGAGGACGGCAGCAUGGCACUGGCAAGGCAGCUGUGCAAGCAAGUCCACAUGUACAAAAGCCAGAAAAAAUAUCAGUUGGGAAAGACAUUCGAGAGAAAUUCUCUGGUGCAGUUGAAGCAUUCUCCAGGAGGAAUCCUGCAGGUUCAAGUCCUCAUGUUGAUCACGUCAAACAGAGGAGUUUUGAGGAUGUACCGGUGCAAAAGGAUACGCACUAUGGCCAGCACAAUACUGGUCGAUAUGGCAGCAGUUCUAGAAAAGCCAUGAUCACAUCAAACAAGCCAGUUUCCUCAGGUGACCAUACUGGCAGGCCAACCAUGACUGGGAGCCGUCCAUCUGGUGCUCAUAGAAUUCAACCGGCAUACGACACCAAACAAGCAAAUUAUGCACGCGGUGGCGGUGGCGGUGGCGGUGGCGGUGGCGGUGGCGGUGCCAGAGGCCACCGCGAUGAUCCUCUGAGAAGCUUUGAGCUCCUCAACAUCAGGAAGUAAUUAAGUGAAGGGUGUGUCCUUUUGUUUCCAGUUCUGUAUCUGACACACCUGAGAUGCAAGAAUAGUCUCAAACACUAUGGACAGAAACCAACGAAUGGAGGUCAUAAUGGCAUGAUCUCCUUAUACCAGUUUUGGACCAAGGUGGACUUUUUUCUACCCCCAGAAUUGUUUCAGAAGGUUUCUCAGCCACUGUAACGUGUUGUUAAAAAGUCCAGAAGAGAAUUCAACUAAGAUUCUUUCUUAUAUUUAAUUACUGUACUAGACGAGACCUGAGUUGUAGUAAGUUCUCUACGAUACACCAUGUUAUUGCUUGUUAACAAUGAGCUCCAACGCUGCCUCUAUGUUGUUACAUAUUAACACUGCCCUUAAGAAUGGAAUUUAUUCACGAGCUGGUAUCUGGUUUCAAACUAGCUAAUUCAAGAAA